GGUCGUACGACAGCUCGACGCAGAACGACCUGUGGCAGGCGCUGACGGAGCAGGCGCACGCGGACGGCGUGCUGGCCGCCGACGUCACCGUCAAGCGCAUCAUGGACACGUGGACGCUGCAGACGGGCUUCCCCGUCGUCACCGUCACGCGCGACUACGACGCCGGCGGCGCCACCGUCACGCAGGAGCGGUUCCUGCUGCGCAGCCCCGAGAACGGGUCGGCGGCGGCGUCCGAGGGCCCUGUGUGGUGGGUGCCGCUCACCUACACCUCGGCCGACAGCCCCGACUUCGAGUCGACGCGGCCGGCGCUGUGGAUGCGCGCCGAGCGCUCCGUGGUGCUGCCGGCGCUCAACCUCCUUCUACUGAGGCUGAAGCCGAUGUUGGUUGUUGCGCGCGCAGGUUUCUACCGCGUGAACUACGACGCGCGCAACUGGGCGCUGCUGGCGGCGGCGCUGGCGGACCGCGCGCGCUUCGAGCGCGUGGGCGUCAUCAACCGCGCGCAGCUGCUGGACGACGCGCUCGCCCUGGCGCGCGCCGGCCGCCUCGACUACGCCACGGCGCUCGGCGUCACGCGCUACCUGGCGCACGAGCUCGAGUUCCUGCCGUGGAAGGCCGCCUUCAACGCGCUCGGCUACCUCGACUCCAUGCUCAUCAAGACCGGCCACUACGACAAGUUCAAGGCGUACAUGCUGGGGCUGGUGCAGCGGCUGUAUGAGCACACGGGCUUCACGGACAACCCCACGGACCCGCAGCUGACGGUGUACAAGCGCGUGAACGUGCUCAGCUGGUCGUGCAGCCUGGGGCUGGACGACUGCGUGCGUCACAGCGUCACGCUCUUCCAGAACUGGCGCAGCACGCCCGACCCCGACGCCAACAACCCAAUCUCGCCCAACCUGAAGAACGUGGUGUACUGCACGGCGCUGCGCGUGGGCGGCCAGGAGGAGUGGGACUUCGCGUGGCAGCGCUACCUGGCGGCCAACGUGGGCUCGGAGCGCGACCUGCUGCUGGGCGCGCUGGGCUGCUCGCGGGAGACGUGGAUCCUCAGCAGGUACCUGGAGUGGGCGGUGACGAACAAGUCCGGCAUCCGCAAGCAGGACGCGGCGCGCGUGUUCGGCGCCGUCUCCAGCAACGUCAUUGGCCAGCGCCUCGCCUACGCCUUCCUGCGCAGCCAAUGGGACCGCAUCCGCGAGUAUUUGGGUGCGUCGCUGUUUACUAUCAACAAUAUCGUGCGAAGCUGUACAAGACGAAUUAAUACUCAAUACGAGUUGGAUGACCUGGCGCAGUUCGCGACGGCCCACCGCGCGGAGCUGGGCACGGCGACGCGCGCCGUGGAGCAGGCGCUGGAGCAGGCGGAGGCCAACGUGCGCUGGGAAUGCGGCGCCCAGCUACCAGCCCAUCGUGCAAUGGCUCACAGCGGAGACGGGCGCCCGCACCCCGCGCCGCCCACGCUUAGCACCGCCCCCGCCGCCGCCUCACCCCACCCCCACCCCCGCUGCCUGCCCCUGCGGAAGCGAGCGUUUGAAGCGGGAGACCUUUUUUUAACAGUUGACAGGAUUUAAUUUAUUUUUUUCGAUCAUAGAUUGUUUUAAAAAAAUCCAUUGCUUAUUUUGCGUUUCUUCUUCUGUAUGUUGGUAAACAAAACUAGAUUAAGCAAUAUAAUUUGUCGUUUUAUGUUCACUUUUCGAUAAAAUGUUAAAUAUGGUAUUACGUUUAAGGUAUAUCUUUAAUCCAAUUCAUUAUGACAUGGAGUCUUUACCAGUGAAUUACUAUUUUUUAUCGCUAAAAUGAUUUUAAAAGAAACGUUGUUGACGCAGUGUAAGUUGUUUAAUUGAGUGGUGCUCCAUUCUGGUGAUUUCUUUUUGAGUGGGUGGCAGGGAGUCCUUUCGUUUGCCAUUAGACACAUGGGGCCCUCCACAUCAUUGCCUUCUCAACAUUCCCUGUUUCGAUUCGAAACACCUAUCACGUCACGUUGAGUGACUUUUUAUCGUACAAUUCUUACGCACACUUUUAUUCGUCGCAGAAAAGUUCUCUUGUUCUGUGGACGGUGAAACUAUCGCGAGUGGAAUUUUUGGAAGAUAUUUGCAUAUGGUGAGAAAAAGUUCCCAGCACGCUCAUUGCACUGCAUUUUGAGGUAAUGAGUAUUUAAAAAAGGAAUUUUUUCUUUGGCAUUUGAAUAAUUUAGGGGCAAAUUUGGUACUUUUUUCACAAGCGACCACUUAGUUUGAAAAAGUAGCUCAGUUCCUCAGUUAAUGUGUGAUUGUGUUGGAAACAUCAUUACAUUAGUAGUAAUUCAGUGACAUUACCUUGAAAAUUAUAAUGUGUGUUGACUGUUCUUCAGUGUGUUUGUCUUACUGUUAAGAUAAUGUGAUCUACAUGUAUUUGUGUAUUUAUAAUUGUAUUAACACACUGAAUGUAGUACACAAUUAUAAAAAUAACUAAAUAUCUAAUUUGUUCACCAUGUUCCUUGUGUUCAAUCCAAGCUAAUGUUCUAACGUUAUCUCCAGUUUCCCUUUUCACGAUACUACUUCAAUCUCAACUAUAUUUCUCGAAAAAGUGGCGACUCUGUAGAUCGUUCUAUGACUUCACAUGGUGUUUGUUUUCAAUUAUUUUUCUGAUACAAAAAUAUCAAUAUAAAAUAUCGGUUAUAUUGCUAGCUGGUUAGAUUGAUUGUUAAUAAAUUCUGUUAUUUUCAGUAUCUUCAGUUUGAAGACAAUCAGUAGAAUUAUUUCAUACGUAACCAGUUCAUUGUAUUUAAUGUAAUUUAAGUUAUAGAAAUGUACUGGCAAUAUAAAAAAGUUAUUUCAAUAACAAAAAUUACAUUACAUACAAAUGCCUGGUUAUAUAUUAAAUAAUUGUUUGACCUUGAAACAUAAGAUACUGAAAAAACAGAAUAAAUAACAAGAUUUUCUUCAUAGUGUAAGAAAAUGUUUUAGAAUAUUAUAAAUAAUAUUUAGACGGUUUUAAGAAAACUGUAUUCUAAAACGUAAUUUGAAUAAUAUUGUAGUUAAACCUACACAACUUAAGAACAUUCUUUAUCAAUUUGCCGCAAAGUUUCUACUUUAUCUGUAAAGUAAAUUCUUGUAAUUAAAUCAAACCUUAAACUACUUAGUUUCUGCUUCUUAGUAAUUAUUUAAUAUUUUUUAUUUAACAUUUAUAACUAAAGAAAGAAUUGGAAAAUAUAUUGAUUAAAAAAGACAUUUAAUUUUCACUUGAAGAGGAGCAUCUUAAUAUUUGCCACUAUUUCUUGUUAAAUCAAUGUUUUUAAAGCACAUUAUUGAAGACACAUACAAAAUUAGAAAAUGUUAUUUUGUUAGGGUGUUAUAAAUCAUAUGAAACUGAAUUCAGGACUUUUACAAUUUGGGGGAACCAUGUAACAAUAUGAAAUUAUGUCUUGACGUAUUUAAUAUUAUUUUGAUUUAAAAAAAGUAGCACGCACACCAUUUAAGAACAACAAAAUAAAUACUCAAUUGAAAUCCUGCAAUAAAAUAAAUAUUUUAACCAGAAGCCUUCAACGAAUACUACAAUGACACAGAAAAGGUGCGGCUGUUCCAUACCGCAACAUGUGAACAGAAUAUAUGCUUGGGUAUCUUCCUUGGAAUCUUGUUAUCGCAAGAUGUGAACUGUUUCGUAAACAGUGAUGUACGUUAAUCAUUAGAUUCGCGCAGUGUAAAAAGAGGCCGAAUAACACAAUACAAAAUUUCCAGUCAAAAAAGUUAAGUCAAAAUCAAAAUUAUUUAAUAGUUUUCUUAUUUUCCCCGAGUUCCUCAUUCUCUAACAAAACCAUAACAUUCAUGAUAACUUUCAUUCCAAUUUUUUUGACGAAUGAAGCUUCAUUAAAGGCGAGUAAGAAUGAAAUAAACUUUUGCAUUUAUUGAUGAAAAAUACUUUUUAAUAUUUACUUGUACAAAAAUAAUGAAAUACUACAAAAUGUUUUGUAAUGUUAAAUAAUAAAAACUUUAAUAUUUUAAGAGU